GUUGAUUUUUUCUCUCUUGUGAAUCUAUCAAGCAUAAAAUAGGGCCUAACAUUAUUCUUAAUGUGUGGAAGAGAACAAUUGAUGAUAUAAGGAGAUUACAUCAAUCCCAAAUGAUCUUCACAUGGAUUUAAUUCUUCCAUAGUAUCUUUUUCAACCUAUAUAGCGUUAUAAUCUCUUUAAGCUCUCUAAUUAAUAAUUUUGUGAGCUUUCAGUAACCAACCCUCAGUUUUAGGUGAAUGGGAGCAUUUCAUUCUGUUUUGGUUUAAGUGGCUUCGCAUUUUCAGUUAAGCUUUUCCAGAAAGAUGUUUCUUUCUAUAGAGGAAGCAUUUGAACAGAUCUGUGAACCUCUUCAAAGAUUAGGAGAUUUUGUAGUAAUAGAUUCCUCAUUUGAUGAAUCCAAGAGUGAUCUGAAUGUUCCAUUAGUUGAAACUCUCUCCCCUGGUGUUGAUUCUCCCUCUUCUCCGACUAGCCCGAGUCUAUAUACAGAUGUGAAUCUUGUUCCAGAGCAUGAGAAGAAAGAGUUUGAGCUUGCAAUUUGUACUCUUGAAGGUGAACUAGUAGAAUUGAGGUCAAAGCAGAGUUCAUUGGAGGAGAAAAGAAGGGAGGCUCUCAACAAGCUAUUAGAUAUUAAAGGAAGCAUUCGAGUUUUCUGCAGAAUCCGGCCUUUUUUAUCACAUGAAAGGAAAAAAUCCUUUGGACCCAUUGUAUCAGGAUCAGAGAAGGUUCUGAUUGGGUCCACAGGGAAUAGGAAAGAAUACAUUCUUGACAGGGUCUUUACCCAGGAUGCAUCACAAGACCUGGUGUUCAUGGAAGUUGAGCCAAUCCUCAGAUCGGCUCUUGAUGGGCAUAAUGUGUGCAUUUUUGCUUAUGGGCAGACUGGCACAGGAAAGACUUUCACAAUGGAAGGGACAGCAGAGUGUCCUGGCAUUGUUCCUCAAGCUCUGGAGCUGCUUUUCCAUCAAGCUUCUUUGGAUGAAUCAAUCAGUUUUAGCUUUGGGUUGAGCAUGUUGGAGGUUUACAUGGGAAAUUUGAGGGAUCUUCUGGCACAAAAGACUCCUCGCAAGAGAUGGGAAUCUCUCUCUAGAAGUGUCCUCAAUAUCCAAACGGAUGCUGAUGGGUCUGUGGAGAUUGAGAGGCUUCAUGAAGUAACAGUAACUGAUUUUGCACAGGCAAAUAAGCUUUACAAUUUGGGGCGAAGGGCUCGAUCCACGUCUUGGACAAACGUAAAUGAGUUGUCUAGCAGAUCUCACUGCUUGACUAGAAUAUCUAUUGGGCGAACGGGGAGUCGUGAGGGAGGGAAGAUGGCAACAAGCAAACUUUGGAUGGUUGAUCUUGGGGGUAGUGAGAGAUUGUUAAAGACUCAAGCUACUGGACAGACUUUGGAUGAAGGAAAAUCUAUUAAUUUAUCUCUCUCAGCUCUUGGUGAUGUUAUUUGUGCACUAAAGAGAAAGAGGAAUCACAUACCAUACAGGAAUAGCAAGCUAACACAAAUACUCAGAGAUUCUGUUGGAGACAGGUCAAAGGCUUUGAUGCUUGUGCAUCUCAGCCCAAGGGAAGACGAUAUUGGAGAGUCAAUCUGUUCUCUGAGUUUUGCUAAAAGAGCAAGAGGCAUUGAGUCGAGUAAAGAAAUUCCAGAGGAAUUGAAGAAACAAAAAGAAAAGAGGAUAACCGAGCUUGAAGAGGCGAUGAGAGAUGCAGAAGGAGAAUGCCGUAGGGUGAGAAACCAAAUCCAACUAGUAGAGAACCAGGUGCGUGAAAAGAAGAGGCUCUAUGCCCUGGCCUACGGGCUUCAUGAAGACCUCAAAAGCUAUCAGGGAAAUCGUCAAGAAAACCAACGAGAGAUGGUCGAGACCCCAACAACUCUUGAGAAAUCAAUAACAGCAAAUGGGUCUCUCUCUCUUCCUCGAUUCAUGGCCCCCACAGUGUGCAGCCGCCAGAGGCUUAAGACUGAUUCUUCUAUUCGAACCUCGUCAGAACUGGCUCCUCGGAAGCAUGAAAAGACCCAUUUAUCAAAAGAUUUGAAUAUUUCUUUUGAAAAUGAUAUGAGGAAUUCGAAUACCAAACCGUUGAGAUUGUCUGCUAAGAAACCCGGAUCUGAGGACUCAGGCUUUGUCUUCAGCCCUACUAGUACUAAACCAUUAUCUAUUCCCCAAAACAAGAGGGUGUCCGUGUCUUUUUCCAAGCAAACUAUUAACAAAGCGUCAUUACUUCAACACAGAAGAAGGUUUUCUGAUUCAGAGAUAGGGAAGAGAUUUAAGGUCCCAGUUAAUUAGGCCAACCUCUUUUUCUUUCUUUCUUUGGUUGGGUAAAUAUUUUUGCUAAGUGAUUCUCUUCUGGUAUUUGUAAUUUUAUGUCCAUCUUAAUUGGUUUGACAAGUAAUUGUUUCUGGGUUAUACGGACGUCAUCCCUUGGGAGGUUUUAAUUAUGUCCUGUGAAGUCCAAGGUGUGCAUUUGUGUCUUCAUAUUAUAAUUGCUUUGGUGUUUAGUUCAUAUUACCGUUGUAAAACAUGUGCAGGUUUUAAAGUGACUCAGAUUCGUGUUGGUUA